AUGCUGCGUCUGAGCGGUUCUUUUCGUGCAUUGCAAUCGCAGGUUGCAACUGGUCAGAUUGCGACUCGUGAGUACCUGGAGAGCUUUGAGCCCCGCAGCCUUCGUCGUCUCAAGGUGUUUGACAGCACCCCUCCAGAUGAUAUACGUCGCGUCUACUUCGAGAAACUGACGUCUAACUAUUCUAAUCCACGUUCGAUAUUGAAACUUUAUCGCAGCUAUAUAGCAGUGGAUGACUAUCCAAGUUAUUCGUGGCUCGUGCGGUGUUUAUGUCAGUUGGGUAAUGCGUUUUCGUUUAAUUCGUUCUGGUCGCCUUUUGAUAGGCAGGCUUUGGUGGGCCUUCCGCUGUUUAAGUAUCUGAUCUUCGACCUCAUUGAACGUAAGCGUUAUCUUCAUCCACGGCAUGCGCCUCGUGUGCUUUUCGCACUGACUGCACUGGACUAUCGUUGUUGGCAGUUACUUCCGGAUAUCAUCGAUUUGGUGGAAUCGCAUCUUGAGCAAUGGCGUUUGCCAACAUUAAGUUGUUUGAUCUUCUGCUGUGUACAGCUUGGACUUCAUAAUGUACCAUUGGGUGGCACUUCCACGAGCAACAGCAGCGUUGUUGAUUUGCUCUUUAACGAGGUACUGCGCCGCGACCCAGCUGAUGCCAGUGGUUUCGAUUGGGCGCUUUUGUCAUACUGUCUCGUUCUAACUAAUCGUUACGAAUGGCCUAGCAAGUGCGAGUCUGCUCUUCCACUCUUUUUACAACGAGCGUGUAUGACUUUGUCACUAGAGACUCUUCCCCUAAGUGGCUGGGUACAGUACAUGCUGUACCUUACAUUGUAUUGUACUGACGUGGAGCGUCCUCAAAAUGAGACCGCUAUUAAGCAAAGUGUCCCUUUUGAGUUCCAGGAGUCUCUUCACACUCGCUGGCUAAACGACAUCCUUGUCCAUGCUCAGCCUCAGGGAUCUGAACAACUGCAGAAGGACGUUGACUCCGUGCUUGAGGGUCUUGGUAUAACGGAAGGUCUAAUAAACUGUUCAGUUGGCAGGGAAGAUGACGAGCAGCAUUGUCUCUUUGCUGGUCACGUUUUCCCCAAUCGUCGUCUGUGCUUCGAGUACAACUACUUGCAAUGUAGACCGGACGGCGAACCAGUUGAGGGCGGUCUGAUUUCCUUCCGUCGUCGUAUCUUCCGUAAUUGUGGCUACAACGUAGCGGUUUUACACAAGGGCCAAUGGGACUGUCUUUCGUUGAGCGAUAAAGAGGAGCAAUUGUUGCGUAUUCUGUCAACGUUUCCUCCAUUGCCUGGUGCUAAUUAUGAGUCUACUCCGGGUCCCAAUGAAUUUGAGGCUAAUGCUGGAAUUAAGCACUUUAAGCAUCUGCGUCCUCAAAUGACAUCUUGGCCUCCUGAAAAGAUUGCUGUUUAG